GCCAUUACUCCGCGAUGGUGACUGCGGCAGGUUCAAGGAGGGAUCAAACUUUCUGGAUUUACCAAGCUCACCUUUGCGCUCAGGUGUCACACUAAAAGUAAUUUCUAUUCCUCCUUCGUGUUCCAGCCUCAUAUCACCCUCCGUGCUGUCCUUCGGUUCAGUGUAGUAUCACCGUAGGUUUUUAUUUUAGGGUCGUGUUCGUUCAGAUGACGGCGCAGGUAGACUACCUGGUGGUGGUUUUCACCGCCACAUCUGGAGCGAGCGGAGAGCUGCUGGGUUCUGACGAGAAGGACCUGGUCCAGUUGGUUUGGCAGCUGGUCAAUGUGAACACCAAAACGUUGGGCAGGGUGAAUGAGAUCCUCAUUAGGCCUGACCUCUCAGACUCCACAGAGGAAAAAUCAGACGAAGAUGUAGUGGUUGAGUGUAAGGAGGAGGAUGAGUCUUCCUCCGGGGCAGACUGCAUGUACACUGCGGCAAGUCUUGACAGCGGUUUAAAUAUGUUCAAUCUGCAGCUGACAAAUGAGGUGAACAGUGCGGGCGCGGGCACGUCGUUGUGUUUGUGUACAGACGGGCAGCUCCAUAUCCGUCAAGUGAUUCACCCAGAGGCCGCCAGCAAGAACAUCCCGGUCCCAGACUGUUUCUACUCUUUCUUUGACUUGCGGAAAGAGUUCAAGAACCACUUCGCCACCUCUGACCUCAAGGCUUUGAAUGCACACGUCAUGGCAGAGUCUCUUAGCCUACCUGUCGAUGUGUCCUCCAUGUGGGAUCCCUCGGCCAAUCAGGAUCCUCUGUCUGUUCUGCCUGCAGAAGUAGCCGUGCAGCAGGUCCGGCUUAUGACCAGCAUUAUUCUCUCUCUGCUCUCUGAGCCAUACUGUAACAGUUUUUCCAACCCAGAGAGAGUAAAUGAGAGAUUUGAAAGUGGCACUUGCAGUAAGAUGGAGAAAGUGUGCGACAACACGGUGAUCAGAGCCAGAGGGUUGCCAUGGCAGUCUUCUGACCAGGACAUCGCUCGGUUCUUUAAAGGCCUCAACAUUGCCAAAGGAGGGGCCGCUCUGUGUCUCAACGCUCAGGGGAGGAGGAAUGGAGAAGCACUUGUUCGUUUUGUCAGUGAAGAGCACAGAGACUUAGCCUUGCAGAGGCACAAGCACCACAUGGGCAACAGAUACAUUGAGGUUUACAAAGCAACGGGAGAAGACUUUCUGAAGAUAGCAGGAGGUACCUCAAACGAGGUGGCAAUGUUCCUGUCCCGUGAGGACCAGAUCAUAGUGAGGAUGCGAGGACUCCCCUUCAACGCCACGCACGACGACGUUCUCAGAUUUUUCUCACCAGAGGACGGCUCUAAAGAGACGUGUCCCAUCAGCGGAGGGAAGGACGGCAUCCUCUUCGUCCGCUACCCGGACGGACGACCGACGGGAGACGCUUUUGUGUUAUUUGCCUGCGAGGAGCACGCUCAGUGCGCUCUGAGGAAACACAAGGAGCUCCUGGGGAAGAGAUACAUUGAGCUGUUCAAAAGCACGGCAGCGGAGGUGCAGCAGGUGUUGAACCGGUACUCCUCCGCCCCGCUGAUCCCUGUUGCCCCAGCCCCCCUGGUGUCAGUGCUGCCCGCGGUUUCUCUCCUGCCUCCUCCUGGCGGUGUGAGGGACUGCCUCAGGCUGAGGGGACUACCGUACACGGCGAGCAUUGAGGAUAUCCUCUCCUUCCUGGGCGAGUUUACACAAGAUGUCAGACAACAUGGUGUGCACAUGGUGCUCAACCAGCAGGGCCGUCCGUCGGGCGACUGCUUCAUCCAGAUGACCUCAGCAGAGCGGGCACUGCAGGCCUCGCAGCGGCUCCACAAACACGUGAUGUCCAGCCAGCGCGGCGCGAACAGCCGCUACGUGGAAGUGUUUCCCUGCAGCACUGACGAGAUGGGCUUGGUGCUGAUGGGAGGCUCGCUCUCACACACGCACACACACGCACACACCCGGAGCAGGAGUGGGACAGGGCUCAGCCCGCCGCCAUGUAAGUCCAGACGUUUAUCUCCUCCAUCGUACUCUUUCACUCCAGUUCAACAAAUCCUCCCCACGGACGCUGCUGCAGCUGCAGCUGCAGCCGCUGCUGCCCUUUACCCUCCUAUGGGGCAGAUGUUGCUGGCACCUCGCCCCCUGCACCCCGGACAUCCUUACUACCCCGCAUCUGCUCAACUGUACAUGAACUACAGUGCUUACUACCCCAGUCCUCCUGGCUCGCCUACAACUCUGGGUUUCUUCCCGGCCCAUUCCUCCAUGUCUUCCCCCGGAGGGUUGGUGCGGAUGCCUGGCCUGCCCUACAAUGGCAGCGGCGUUAAAGAGCUCAUCAACGCUGUGCAGGGAUAUCAGUAUGCUCCAGAGGAUGCUCUCAUCCACGCUCAUGGGGCCGUGCACGCUCACGACCCGGCUAGGACGUUGCUUACGCAGCCCAAAGAAUGGGGUCCUGUGGAGUCUGUUUCUCUGCUGAACAGCAGUCUCAUGGGUCAGACCGGCGGAGGAGAAACUCCUCUUAUGUCCCUUCCUCUCAUCACAAAGCCCGGGGGCCACCAGUACCUGGAUCUGACCCUACUGUAGCGUCGCACAAAAACAAAGUCAUGUGUAUGUGACAAUGACUUGUUAGUUUGUGUUUUUUAAAAAUAGUCUUUUAGAAAUCUUAUUUAUAUUAUUAGGUUCAAAUAUUAAUGUAUUUUA